CAGAAAUUAGCAUACUGGAAAAAAACGGAUAUAAAAUAGAUUAAGCCCAAUUUUUUUUUUUUUGAAAAAUUGAGGUUAUAUUUUUGACAGUUGACAUAUGAUGAAGGUUAUGUCAUCACAGAAAACUCAUUUUACCACAAAAACAAUGCUAACACAUUGAAAUUCUUAUUAAAAUCGCACCUCUACCACCGCUGGCGCAUAAUGUUAGCUCUCAGAACUGCAAAUUCGUUAAUCAAGGUGGUAAAUUUCCGUGCACCGAAAAUUAAGGUUAGGACAAUUUUAACUCCAAAUAUCCACUGCAUUUCAACGACAACAGUUUGUUUCGACAAGAAAAAUGAGACACUUCCCGCCAAAAUUGUUGAUCGUGCCCCUAAAUCAGUACAACCCUACUUAAAACUAAUGCGACUCGACAAACCAAUCGGCACAUGGCUACUAUUCUGGCCUUGCGGCUGGGGCAUAGCUUCGGCGGCCUCACCUGGAUGUUUCCCCGAUCUCUACAUGCUGGCCUUAUUUGGAACGGGGGCUGUUAUUAUGCGAGGUGCGGGGUGUACAAUCAACGACAUGUGGGACCGUGAUAUCGAUUCAAAGGUGACGCGAACCAAAGGCCGGCCUUUAGUCAACGGCGAUGUUUCCAUGAAAGCCGCCUGGGUUUUUCUUGCUGGUCAGUUAAGCCUAGGUUUGGCAGUUUUGUUACAAUUAAACUGGUACAGUGUGUUCCUGGGAGCAAGUUCCAUGGGUCUAGUCAUAAGUUAUCCUCUAAUGAAACGUUUCACGUAUUGGCCCCAGUUGGUAUUAGGACUGACGUUCAAUUGGGGCAUCCUCUUGGGGUACAGUGCUAUCAAAGGCCACGUCGAUUUGCCAGUUUGCUUGCCAUUAUAUUUAGCGUCAGUGUGUUGGACUAUAAUUUAUGACACGAUUUAUGCGCAUCAAGAUCGGGCUGAUGAUUAUAAAUUAGGGAUUAAGUCGACAGCGCUUAAGUUUGAUAGGGAUACGAAGUUGUGGUUGAGUGGAUUUAGUGCUGUGAUGAUGGGAGGGGUUGUACUCUCAGGGAUCAUGAAUGAGAUGGCGUGGCCAUACUAUGCCUCUACUGCACUAGUAGCCACACAUCUUAUCUCCCAAUUAUUAACACUUAACAUUGACAAUGCCAGUGAUUGUUCUAAUAAAUUUGUAUCGAAUGCGCAAGUUGGAUUAAUUUUGUUCUGUGGAAUUGUGUUAGGAAAUUAUUUCAAAAAAGAUAAGGACAAAAAGGAUAAUUUUCAUUCCGCCAAUGUAUUAGUUACUUAAUUGUGAUUUAAAUGUUUCCUCAAAUAAAUUAUUUGUAAAGUU